AUGCUAUUUGGCCAGCAGAAGGACUGGGAGGCUUUCCAGUCAUUUGCCUUUAGUGUCGAGUCGGGAGACACGCUCCUCAUCGAUGAUGCUUCAAUCAUGACUCCCAAGUUCGCCCAAAGCGCAGCGGAGACUAGUGGUGUCCGUCAAAUCUGUUGCGCUGUGGGUGCGCUUGGGAGGUCCUUCCAGUCGAUGACCCUGGAAGAUUACAUCAGUGAGGAGUACCAGGCGGCCUUGGAGCAUUAUGGUCGCGGGGUCCGCGCAAUAUACCGACUGAAGUCCUCAAAGACCACCUUGCCCAGCGCCAUUCUGGCGUCGAUGCUUUUCACGACUUUCGAGUUCAUGGCUGGCAGCACAGUCAAUGCCGCCAAACACCACAACCACGCUGUGGCCAUGAUGUACCAAUACGUUGAUUUGUUGAUCGAGGAGCAGGGUCUUCCCCUUGAGGAGCUUAGACUCUCGGAUAUGGACAAGGCCAUGUUCGAUUCUCUAGAGCGACACGAUACAUCCCCCUGGAUCGAAUCAUUAAGCAAGGCAGGUCAUGUCAAAAUAUUGUGCCCAGCACGACGGUUUCCUCAUGGGUGUCGACACCGACUCAGCAUGAGCAAAAUUCCCGACCGCUUCAACAGCACUCAGCAAGCUUUCACCUGGUGGAACUUUGUGCAACACAUGAUGGCCCAUUCGCUCCACCCUCUCAAGGUUUCCGGGGACGGGGUCCGACGAGUCAGCGAGGCUACGAAGGCUGCUGCGUACAACGAAUGCGACGACUUCCUUCACUCGUGGCGCACCGCUUUCACGCCGCUUUUGCAACACGCCAAAGAACACAGAAUCACCCAUGGCUCCCGGUGGUCGCGGGCGAUGAUUCUCGAGACCAUGUAUCUCGAGACCAUCUCAGAGCUGCACGCCCGCCACAAGACACACGCGAACAUGCUGCCGGCGGUGAAGCCACUUUACCUAGAUCUCAUCCGCAGCAUGAUGCAGCUUGCCCGGGAGAAGCCCCUCAACGGCCCCGCCACGAUUGGGCUUGAGAACUCCAUCAUCCGCCCCAUAGGCUUUGCACUGGUUAGAUGUCAAGACCCGGAAGUUGUGCAGGAGGCAACGGCUGCUUUGGAAGCUAUCGUAGGCGGUGUGAACAUGUCCUGGACGCUGGUUUACCUGCUAAAAAGCCGCAACAAGACGAAGCCGAUGGUAACACUUGAGCGUUCGUGGGGAUGGUAUUUCACUGCCACUGGAUGCAGUUCUGGUGCACAUGUUUUCGACGGCAUACCCUAG